GUGCCCUUCCGUGGAAGGUAUCUCUCUCCCUGGACCCUGCUGUGGACUAGCGUGGGGGCACACGCUGGAGAAGAAGAAUGUUCUGCCACCCAUUCAUUAGCUCCCUGGGGAAAUGGCUCCAAGUACACAUGCUGUUGGAGGGCCCCUGGCACCUUCUUUUCAUACCAUCUGAAGACGAGCAAAGACCUUCCAGAUGAGCAAAACCAAGGCCACCUAGUCAGAGGUUGCGAGAGCAAGGGAGUGAACCCCAGUCACUUGCUUUUUAACAAAGCCUCAGAGGCAGGCAGAAGAAUGGGGGAACUUAGUGUGGACAUGGGAGGCUACAGGUGUGCCCUGAUGGGAGCCUGGGGAAGCUGGAGGAGGGCUAACUAGAAGUGGGGUGUCUUUGUGACUGGGUGGGGGGACAUAUUUGACUCUCUCUGGUUGGUCCUAAGUUGGAAGCAGGGACAAAAAUUAGGGAAGCUGCCAAUCAUUAAUAAAGUCCUGACUGUUUGGGGCCAGUUAUUACAGAGGCUGUUGUCUGGCUACCUGGACGGUCACAAGAGACACCUGUUACUGUGGGCUGGGGCUUGGUUUCCUGGCAGGUUGCUACAGGCUGUGGAUCAGCAUUUAAUUUUUAUACAUGGGUUGACCAUAUGUGUUCAUAUAUUCAGUUUCCCACCAAGGGUAGCAUGUUGCCCUCAGGGGUUUGCCAUAAGUCGGACUCUUUGGAACCCAUUGUUUCCCUGCUUUUAUUAGGCGCCCAUCCCGCCACCCCCCCAAUGCUUCCAGCAGGAUUUUUGUAGGGAGUGGUGGCAGCUGCUUCUGAUUUCAUCACAGCAGUUGUGGAACAAAUGUGAUUCUUAGCUCCAGGGUUUUCUUUCAGAGCUGAAGCUGAAGGAACCUUUAGGGCUGGAGGAAAAUAGGUAUUUCCAUUUUACAAUUUCCAAAGAAAAAGCUCUAGGAAUGAACCAUGAGUAGAGAUAAGACAUAUAGAAGGGGACUUCUUAUAUGGCUUUUUUUGCCAUGAACUCUUGUUAGGCAAAUAUACCUCUGAGAAGGAAUAUGUAUUUGAAGAAUGGGAAAUUCUGUCUGGCGGCAUGAUCCUGAAUAAAUAACUCAUCUUUCUGAGUUCUCAUAAAUAAAUUAAAGGCGAUAAAACUUGCCCUCGUUGAUUUUGCAGAUUUGCAACUCUCCCGGUGAUUUUAUGUCCGCAAGAAGAAUUCUAAGCCACUUGCUAUGGUAGUAGUGUCUUCACUGUGUACAUUUGUCCUGUGCCAGGCUUCCUGCUCUGUAGAGCUCCUAUCAGACCCCACUGUGCAGGCACGGGUGGGCAUCUCAUGUGUCCUCUUAACCUGUUGCAUGGCUGCUCCUAAUUUUAAUUAUGCAAGCCUCCUUAUUGAGUGCAAAGUGAAUUUUUACUCUUGGAAUGGAAUGAAGGUCCUCCAAAUCUGGUCCCGGACUUUGUUCUUAGUCCUCUGAAUAAGCCCUCAGUCCCCCAAACUGGAUCUACUCAUCUCUCCUAAAACUCCCAGGUUUUGCUUCCCAUUUUCUGUUGCUUGCAAUCUGGACCUCUCCUCGUCUCUAUCCACCUCACCCUGGGUCCUGCUUUCUUCGUUUUCAGCCUUGAAAGGCUAGGUUUGAGUCUCAGCUCUUCCAAGAAGCUUUCUCUCACUGACUCCAUGACCCUUUCUAUUCUGAACAACCCCUCAACCCUGCUGGAGACACCCAACUUUCUUGCUCAUUUGGCAGGUUAAGUGAAACUACAUGAUGUUUCUGGUUAUUAUUACCUAGUUAUAUAGUAUUCUGUUUCUUCUGUUGGGUGAGAGGCUUCUGCAUGUCAGCACCUGUGUUUUACCACCUGGUUAGCUCACCGCUUAGGAUAUGCAUCGUGUGUUUCAAUGUGCAGUGAAGAUCGGUAGAAUAGAAUGAUGCGACGAUGUGCUGCAUCGAUCAGUCUGUUAAACAUACUAGAAAGCCACAAAAACCAGUUGCCUGAAAGCAUGUAUUAGAUCUGGAAAUAGAGGGGUUUAUUAUAGUUGUAGCUACAGUAAUUUGGGAGAGAAGAAGCUUGUAAAAAUUUUUUUCAGAGGAAGCGCAAUGGGAGUCUCUGAUGCUCUGUGUAGGAUUACAAGUUGUAGAACACAACAAGGCCAAGCCCCACUCAUUGCUGUUGGGAAUGUGCUGUGAAAGAGCCAGACAGGUGUGUAGGAAUGAUGGGGGUGGGGGACAGGCAGGAGCAGGGAAACCCUGCUGAGCAAAAAAGAGGAAUCCAACAGGGAAGCUGAAGACAUGACUGAGGUUCUGGGUAGAAUGGGGGAUGGGAAGCAAGACUGAAUAAUGCAGGAGCAUAGCCCAUCAGCUGGGUCAAACCCAGCAACAGUGAGCUUGGGAAUGAGCAUUGUUGGGAAGCCCAGGCAGACAGGCAGGCUGUCACAAUUGUGUAGCCUGCCAGCAGUGGCCUUCUAAUUCAGGGACUCAGUGACUGGGUUUCAGGUCCUAGAGGGGACCUAGCAGGAUAAGGCAGGCCCUGUCCUAGAGAGUUGGCAGUUCUAUUCAAGCUCAGCCAUGGAGGAUAAGAUGGGGACAUUCUGAAUCAAGGCAGGGCCAAUCUUGUCUCAAGAAUAAGGAAAAAGCCCAGAAUCUCCUGGCCCAAGUUAAGAUUUGGCUCUUGAGGAUGUCAGUGAGGAUGACUCUGUAGAUAGAAAAGAUGUGGAACUUGUAAUCCCGCAUGACUAUGAUGUAAGCAACCAAGGACCAGAGAAGCAAAGUGACUUUGAUAUCCACAAUCACAUUCCUAAUUGGCCACAGACCUAGGCUUAAAGCCCAGUUCUUAUGACUCCACCAGGCAGGGCAGAGUUCUAACUUACCAGGGUCUGUCUGCCAUCUUCACUGGGGCCCUUGGUGUCUAUGGUGGUGCCUUGAGGACAGUUACAGGAGUGUGCCCUGUGGAUAAGCAUUUUUCUGUUGAUUAUUGAAGGGUUCUGGUAUAAGAUUUUGACCAAAAAUUCUGCAGCUAAAAGAAAGCGUGAUGAUUGAGUUUGACAAUGACAAUGACUAUUCCCAUUUCUAUUCCUCUCUGGGGGCUGGAGAGAGAAGAAUGAACGCAUGGAGUUUGACUGCACAACAAUGGCACAAAAAUCCAUCUAAACAGGAGAAAUUCUCCACAAAGGGUGACAACACAAUAUGCAGGGGGAGAACAGAUGCCUUGGGCAAAGAAUUUCAUAAGGAGUUAUGGCAUCUCAGAUUCUCGGCAAGCUGCAGCAGCUUGCUCCACAGUGAUACACUUUUUAGGAAAUCCAUAUGAUAUACUGGGCCUCUUCAGGGUCCACUCUAUAUCCUUUCAAUGCUAGUGGCCGACCUAAAGUAGUAGAGGGAAACCUAUUUAAGCUAACUUAAAUAAUAGAGGGGUGUGUUAUAUUUUUAGAACCCCAGCACAGAAAAUUCAGAGCAUCUCAGCAGAAUCAGAAAUUCAGGAGCCCAUGCUGUUCUCUUUCUGCCUUGCAAGGGCUUUUGGAGCCUUGCAGGGACUCUGUGGUUCCCUCUGGUUCUCUCUUACCUUUCUCGAUCACUUUCUUCUACUCACCUACGAGCCAACAUGACUGGCAGGCCAAUCACUCAACAUCACACUCAAACUCCAUUCUCUGAGUCAGAUUUUCAGUCAUUCUUCAGUCAGAUUUUUAAGAGGCAGACAGUGGUGGAUUCAGCUCAGUGUCAGAUGUGUACCCCUAGUUCCAAUCAACUCUGAUGAGGGAGGUGAUGCAAAAGGUGAUGAGGAAUGAGUAAAGCCAUAGUGGGAGGCAAAGGUUGGCAUCUCUACAGUAGACUUUCAGAGACAGUGAUCCUGAGAUUUGGAGGAUCGCCAGGCUGCAACACACAGCCACUUACCACUGUUUCUGCUUGAGGAGAUCUAGUGUGUCUACUACCAUUUCAGUGGUCACAGUCCCUCAGUAAUCCCAAGAUCCCAGAACCUUUCUGGAGGUGCAGUCUUCCAGCUUAACAACAGAAACAGUAUUUCUACAAAUGGGGUCCCCCUGACAUUGAAAGCCAAUGACACUGGCCAAAGAAGAACUCAUAGCAUGCAUUUAUUUGACCUUGCAUUUGACAUGAACAUUCUUAUAAUGGUUGUGAGAGUGGGUUCUGGAGUUGUACUCUGAAAUUCACAUCCUGGCCCCUCUACCCAAUAACCAUAUGGCCCCAAGCAGGUUACUUAGCCUCUUUAGGUCUAUUUCCCCAUCUGUAAAAAGUGCAUAAUUAAACCACUUUGUGGAAAAUAAAACAUGCCCCAGAGCUGGUGAGGAAUAUGCUCUAAAAACAGUUUUGAUCCCUAGAAAGUACUGGGUAAAUGUUACCUGUAACUGCUGUCAUUUUGUUAAUAUCCUUGUCAUGUCUUAUGGACCCAAAUGAAUUCAGGACUCUGCAUCAAUGGCUUCCCCAUAUUCCUUACAGCUCUUGCCCUAAUGUCUUCCCCAGACCCUUGCAUGCGUUAAGUGUUAACAAGUACUUGGGUUCAUCAACUGUGGCUCUGAGUCGAAAAAGUUCUCAUAAUCAAAGUUGGAAAAGGAUGCACAAAGAAUAAAACCUUGACCUGAUUUUGAGCAAUUUGCUGACUCCUGAGAGUACAUCUUUCAAACUUUCCUUUUGUAUGGUUGGAGUACGUGCUCCUUUCUUGAAAUGAAGUGAAGAGCCCAGAAGAUUUCUCCAGUUUCUUUGAUUCAUGUCGAUGCUGUCUGAAGUUGUUGUCUUCUAUACAGAAAAAGGAGCCAAGUUGCCCUGAAAGAUCAUGAACUUGUCUUCUGAGCACUGCAACAUAUCAGAUUGGCUGAGGAUGGAAGCAACGGUGAAGGCCUCUGUGUACACUGUUGCCUUCUUCUUUGCCACAUCUGUCACUGUCAUCAUCGUCACAAUAGUAUCACAGAAUUCGAAGCUGAAGAAAGAGGCCCGAUACAUCCUCCUGUGUCACCAUUUGCUGUGCAUCUCCUCCUACUGUGGCCUGGGGGUGGUAUUCCAAGGGAUGCGGGCUCUGCUGGCCAAUAGUCCAGUGCUGAUGUGCUGGGUGGUAUUCGGGGUCCAGCUAAGUGUUGGAGAAGGGAUCCUCUUCACCCUGGCCUUGAUGGCUGUCAACACUUACCUGGCUAUUUGCUGGCCUUUGAAAUCUCUGGCCUUUGUAGAUUCAGUUAAGUAUAGGGUUCUAACUGGGUCUUGGAUAAUCAUUAUAUUCAAGAAUGUUUGCUUAUUCCUCAUAGAGGGUACUAGCCCUCCUCAGGGUGCUGUUUUAAAAUCUGAACCCCUUUGCCCUGUGAUCUUGAAUGGCUCUGCUGCCAGAGCCAUUGGCAUGGUUUUCCUUUUCCUUCUUUUGUCCAUCAUUCUUGUAAGUUACUCUCUGAUCUACCAAGAAGGGAAACGGGCUGGCCAUUUUAAUAGAUCAAAUAUCAAAGCAAGGAAAACAGUCCUUAUUCAUUUAGUGCAGAUGGGUUUACAUGUGAUACCAACCCUGAUAUUCAUAGGUUUGGGAAAGAUGUGUGGGUUGUUUUUCUUUGUUUUAAAUCUGGUGCUUUUUGGAGUCUUUGCAUUUGCCCAAUGUCUUAACCCUCUGAUCUAUGGGCUCUGGAAUAAAGAGCUGCAAAGCAGAUUGUACCGUUGGAUGUGCUGUCAGUUGUGGUGUGGUCACAUGAUGACCAACAGAGAGACAGUUUAACCUGAAAUUCAGCCACACUGAAUCAAUAACUCUAGCCCUAAUGGAUCAUCAGCUAUGCUUGAGGACUUACUUUUUACUCAACCAUAUGAGUAAGUCAGAGUUAUUCAUCUGGCUUGCAAAUUUUGCGGCUGUGUACAUGGAAUUGGCCUCUGUGAAAUCACUUCAUGUCUUUAAUUUUAAACCCAGAUCAACAUUUUUAGCAGCAUGUCCUACUGUGUCUUAGUAAUGAGGCAGUUUUUGAGAAUGCACUAUUUUUUAAAAACUGAGAAACAGUCCAUGGCUGAUAGGAAAAGAAGAAGUUUGGCUGUUCCUUUAUUAUUAAUUAGGAAUAGGCUUGGCUACAUGUAAUAACAAAACAGAAACAAAAUAACAAUGACUUUUUUAAGGUUUGAGAUUGUUCGUUUAUUUCUGAUGUAAAAGGAAUCUGGAGGUAAACAAUCCAGUCCUAUACAGCAGCUUUGUAAGCAACGGGUUCUUUCUCUUCUAUUCUGCCAUGAUUACUAUAAUGCCUCAUGACCCAAGAUGGCUGUUAAUGCUCCUGUCAUCACAUUCAUAACUCCAGCCAACAGAAAGGAGGAAGGGGCAAAGGAGGGUUUAUACCCUCCUUCUAAAGACUCUUUUUAGAAAUUACACAAAACACUUUUUCUUAUAUUUAACUGACCAAAACUUAGUCAUAUGGUUAUGUGUGGCUUUAAGGGAGAGUGGGAAUAAAUUUUAGCUGGAUAGUAGUGUCCCUAGCUAAAAAUUGGGGUUCUUGAUACUAAGAAAGGAAGGAAGAACAGUUAUGAGGAGGCAAAGUUAUUUCAGGGACCAUUUUCCUCUCAACCAAAUAAAGUAUAAAGAAAGACAAUGGCUGGGUUAUAAUAAAAAAAUAUACACUGCCUCUUUCAGUGUGGUACUUGGAGUUAACUUUUAAAAGUUCCAGAACACUUUAAUUGUAUUUUGUUAACAGUUCUCAAAGAAAAUGGCAUUAAGAAGAACAUUGAAUUGGUUUACACAUGGGAAUUAACUCAUGAUUUAAAUCUAAGCCAUUUUGAAGCAGUAGUACAAAAUAAAGUCUUCAUGGGAGUUUACAUAUGAGAUUUCUUUAGAUGAAACAUCCACUUCUAAGUAAGUCAGGAUUCAGUUCUAGAAACAGAAAUCAUUACUCUACGUACUUUAGACACAUGGGUUUAAUAUGGGACUUAGAUACUUACAAAGACACCAGCAGGGCUGGAGGAGUGGAAAUCAGGAGCUACCACUUGUUGGUGUCAAAAUCCCACAGGGAUCUGGUGGUCUAGCUGCUGUUUCCACCAUUGCUGCCCAUGCCUCCGGCCCCUCUUAAUGUAGUAAAUUUGCAAAAGAAGGAGCAACUGGAAGAUGGCCUCCUCUUCCUUUCAUCUUUCAAAUCUCAAGUGAUUGCCUCUAACUGGUGAAUCUCAUCUGGCAUUAAGACCCUACAAGCAAAGAAGUCUGGGAAAUAUAGUUCCUAGUUUCACAGGAACAGAAAGUUAUCCCAAAGUGAGGGUGAAAUGAGGAUUGAAAGAGCCAAUCCACGGGAUCCACAAUUAUGACAUUUAGCUUUAUUUACAGGUGAUAACAACAACAGGAGCAAAAUAGUUGCUCAACACAUUCACAGCUAUUAAGUUCCUGACACUAUGCAGGCCAUUUUAUAUACAUAAAAUCAAAUCCUCACAACAGGUAUAUAAUAUAGGUAUUAUUAUUCCUGAUUCAGAAAUGAGAAAAACUAAGGCUUAGAAAGGCUGUAGGAGGACAGGAACUUCCCUUUCACAUUUUCCAUUUACAUGACUUGGCCAAAGGUGUUCAUUGAGAGCUGGACCAAAUUUCAUAAGAAAUUUUCCACUUUGCUUUGGGUAUAGACUCCUGUCUUGUGGAAAAGAGCCUCUUUUCCCCCAUUGUUUUGAUUACACUUUCCCAGCCUUAGACCCCCACUUAUUUUCAGAUUCUAGUGCCUUCCAUAUCAUGUCUAGACUCCAUUUUGGCUUCAAGUCCUUCUUGCCUCUUCUCUGGGUGUUCAUUGUGUCUUCUCUCUUCCUCCGUCCUCAACUCUGAGAUUUCAAAGCAUGACCUUCUCUUUUGCAAUAUGAAAAUCUCUCCAAGGCCAGAAAGACUGCCAGGGUUGAUUACCUUUGUGUCCUGGCACUCGACACAGCGCCUGUAGAUAGCAGGUGUACAAAUGAUGUAAUGGACUCACUGGUCAGUAAGACAUGCCCUUUUCACAAAUUCCUUCCUCACAAAACCCAAGCUGUCUCUUUGUUUUUAUUGAAAUAUAAAAUAAUCUGAGUGCCAAGAGUAGAAUAAAAACUCAAAAAAUUUACCCAAAUUAACUCAAUUAUAAGCCCUAGGUCUAAAAUACACCAUUUAAUUUAUCCUUAAAGCUUUCCUUUUUUCCCCUUUUUUGGGGGUGAGGUGUUAAAUUUUUUUAUUGAAGCAUAAUUA